AUGCGAGUUCCCGGCCCUGUCAAGGCAGUAUUUGACCAGUUCCCGCUGAAAGAGUACCCUGAAAUUUCCAAUCAUUCUGCAGCAAACGAGCGGGACGUCCGAUUAUUUGUUUAUAAUGUGGGGCCUGAUCACAUUGCCAUGGAUCCAAAUGGGCUGGCUGUGCAAACAUUGAUGAAAGUGCUGGGCAAAGACGUCGAAGUGGCGCUGGGGUCGCCGUAUAUGACGAAAAAUGAGAAGCUGCCCUUGUUAGUCUUGAGCGGCGGGAAACGAGACGGUUCGGGAGUCUACAGUGGGCUUGACGAAAUACUUGGGUUUUUGGUGGGAGAGGAGGAAAAACUGGAUGGAGAAAUGGAACUAUUCAAAGUAAUGCUUGAUAAAUGGCUCAAUGAGGCAUGGCUAGCUACUAUUUUGAGCGAGGACUAUGAAAAGCAGUGUCUGACGGUAUACUCGUCCGAUCGAGAUCGGUCGCAGCCUUGGCCAGCAAAUCGAAUAAUAACAAACCAACUACUUGAUCAUUUGGGUGCCCAGGGUAGGCACAGGGUCGUAAGGCAUUUCAAUUCACAUACGACGUCUAUGGCUCUGCACUCGCUAGCCACCAAGCUUGGCGAUGCUAAGUUUUUCAGCGUGGGUCAACUUGCUUGUGGAGGCAACCUGGGCCUUUUGGACAUUCUCGUCUACUCUUACAUUUGGUCGAUUUUCAAGCACAUUCCUAACAGUGCCCUGGCAUCUCUGGUUCCUCUUUCUUUGUCGGAGCACGCACGAAGAGUCCACCAGUACGUAUAUAACUCCAGCGAGUAG